CAGCAAACGCCAUAACAUUGCCGAGCGUUCGACGGCGAUAUCCUUACUUAGCCUGGGAUCACAGACAGACAACAAAGCAUUGGGUUUUGGCUCUAUUGUGAGCUGUGAGCACGGUUCCAGAUUUGUCUUUAGGGCUUCCUGGGUAUAUUUAAACUGUUCAGCAGCCGGACCCAAAGAACUCCCCAAGCUCGACUACUCGCCCAUUAGAUAAGGUACCGGCUCAGUACUAUACAUUUAAAGUGCAAGUAAACGGCCGCUGAGAUUCCACGAUAUCGAACGCCCAGUCAACGGCGACCACACAACAUGAACCCAUAAUAUCACUCACUUCUUACUCUAUAUUACCAAGACGAUCGGCAUCGUACGAAGUACCUGCUUCUGAAUUCUUCAGCAUCCCCGGUCGGGUCCAGGCCCGCAGGCAGGCACCUCAGCCUUGGUCUUUGGGCUUUCGCCGCCCCCGUUGGUUCAUUUAUCACUUGGGACCUCGACAAGGCGUUCAAGAUGAACACUAGAACCCCUCUCGAGUCUCCCAAUGCGACCGUGGUUCUUUCUAUUUCGUUCAACGAUGACUGUAGCUGCUUUGCUGUAGGGUUGAGCACAGGGUUCCGCAUCUUCGAUUCGGAAACAUGCACCCUGCGGGCAGCACGCGACUUCAACGCGGGAGUAGGCUUGGUCCGGAUGAUGGGCAAGACAAACUACGUUGGCCUCGUAGGUGGGGGCAAGCAGCCCAAAUUCGCCGCAAACAAGCUAAUCAUCUGGGACGAGGCCAAGAGCAAGUCGGCCCUUGAUAUCAGCGCCUUGACGCCGGUACGCGGUGUCCAAUUAUCAAAGGAACGCAUCGUGGUCGUGCUGCAGAACAGCGUGCGCGUCUACAAAUUCGCCAAGCCUCCGAGCCUCUUGUCGGCUUACGAAACGGCCAACAAUCCGUGGGGUUUGUGUUGUCUGUCCUCGAAGAGGAUUGCCUUUCCGGGCAGAACAGCCGGACAUGUGCAGCUCGUCGAGAUCGCGACAAGUAACGUUAGCAUCAUCCCCGCACAUUCUUCGGCCGUGAAGGCGAUACAGCUCAGCCCGGAUGGUGAACUGCUGGCCACCGCGAGCGAGACGGGGACACUGAUCCGUGUAUUUUCAACAAGCAAUUGCGCCCGGGUGGCGGAACUCAGGAGAGGGAUCGACCCGGCAACCAUAUUCUCCCUGGCAUUCAACCCCUCCGGGACCAUGCUCGCAUGCACGUCGGAUAAGUCUACUCUGCACAUAUUCGACAUCCCGCAUCCCAAGAGGCCAGCCCGUCCGUUCCAGAGCGGCAGCAGAAGUCAAGCCGGUGGUGCAGCCGGCAGCGGUGGAGGUUCGUCAGAAGGGAGUGCUGGACGGGGCAAGUGGGGCUUCCUGUCCAAGAUCCCGAUGAUGCCGCGAGUCUUCUCGGAUGUAUACUCGUUCACCUCGGCUCCUUUUGACGCCGAUGACGAGAGUCCACCAGGCCAACUUCCCAUGUCGGAGAGCACGACGCUGGGCACGUCGAGGCCGCCAAAGGGUGUGAUUGGCUGGUUGGACGAGAAUACCCUAGUGGUUAUUGGAGCGGGCAAGAAUGCUCGGUGGGAGAAGUUUGUCGUCCGGGAGGGCCCGGAUGGGCGGCGACUUUUUAGGGAGGGCUGGAAGCGGUAUGCGUAGGAUAUGAGCGUCGAAAGUUCAGGGCGUUUACUAGGAAAUGGUACGGUUGGGGGAUCUCUUUGCUGAGUCAGGCGCCAGGAUGAACUUGAGUUUGUGGCCGGGCAGAGGCUGGGUUUGUAGUCAACAUUAGCGGCUGGCUUUACUUUUCUUUCGGGAGCUAUCUGGGGGUUAUGUGGGUAUCAAUGUAGUGUUACAAUCUAGCGACCUCGCAAUGGGUUCUUUUAGUCUCCAUA